CCGAGGGGGCGGGGAGCGCGGGGGCGGGAGCGUGCGCCGGCGCGGAGUGGGCGGGGAGGCCGGCGCCCGGAGCGCGGGCAGAGGACGCCGCUACCCUGGACAGCGCACCGCCCGCCGGGGUCGCCGCGCCGCCGCCGCCGCCGCGGAUCAUGGAGCUUCUAAAGGCCUUUGAUGAUAAAAUCAAUGCUUUUUUGGACAAUAUGUUUGGACCUCGAGAUACUCGAGUCAGAGGAUGGUUCAUGUUGGACUCUUACCUCCCUACCUUUUCUCUUACUGUCAUGUAUCUGCUUUCAAUAUGGCUGGGUAACAAAUACAUGAAAAACAGGCCUGCUCUCUCCCUGAGGAGCAUCCUCACCUUGUAUAACCUCGGCAUCACACUUCUCUCCAUGUACAUGUUGGCGGAGCUUAUUCUCUCCACUUGGGAAGGAGGCUACAACCUUCAGUGUCAGGACCUCGCCAGUGCAGGGGAGGCGGACGUCCGGGUAGCCAAGGUGUUGUGGUGGUACUACUUUUCCAAAUUAAUAGAGUUCCUGGACACGAUUUUCUUUGUUUUGCGGAAAAAAACCAGUCAAAUUACUUUUCUUCAUGUGUAUCAUCAUGCCUCUAUGUUUAACAUCUGGUGGUGUGUUUUGAACUGGAUACCUUGUGGGCAAAGUUUCUUUGGACCCACUCUGAACAGUUUUAUCCACAUUCUUAUGUACUCCUACUACGGACUGUCCGUGUUUCCGUCGAUGCACAAGUAUCUGUGGUGGAAGAAAUACCUCACCCAGGCUCAGCUGGUGCAGUUCGUGCUCACCAUCACCCACACCUUGAGUGCCGUUGUGAAACCCUGCGGCUUCCCCUUCGGGUGUCUGAUCUUCCAGUCUUCCUACAUGCUCACCUUAGUCAUCCUCUUCCUAAACUUCUACUUCCAGACAUACCGAAAAAAGCCAAUGAAGAAAGAGACGGAAGAGUUACCAGCAGGGAAAGAAGUUAAGAAUGGUUUCUCCAAAGCCUACUUCACUGCAGCUAACGGGGUGCUGAACAAGAAGGCACAGUAAUAUUGAGCAGCAGGCAGCAUAUAUAAUGGCCUAACAGAUUCGCUUGCUCUUGGGCAAGGACUGAAUUGAAAGUUAUAUAUGCUUUAGCAUACACUAACUUCUUUGAGUUUAUAAAUCAUUUGUACCAGAAUGUAUUAAUAUCUUGCUAUGAGGUUAAUCAGUUAAUUGAGUGCUUCUGUCAGCAUUGAGGUGAACUCUGCAGCCCUCCCACUGGUGCCUCUCCCCCACCCCACCCCCCCACACACACACCUGCCCCUCACAGGAGCUCUUCCCGCUGCCUCCUCACAGCCAGGGAGCAGGGCACUGUCUGUCACAGUAGGUCUUCAGAUAAAAAGUUAACAAUUUGUCCUCAUGAAAAUGUUUAAAAGAAAAUGUUAGUUACCUCCCAGGUACAGGGUGUGUUCUAAUCUACAUGAAGCAAUAAUUGUCAGUGCAUAAAGGAAUUAGUCCCUCUGUUCCUUUAGGGAUCAACCCCCAGAAGAUGUUAAAAGAGGAUUAUAAAUGGAGAAGCUAACAAAACUUUAAGCUGGAUCUGUCAAAUUCCCACAACUAUUCCUAACUUUCAACACAGUAAUAUGGUGAUGAAACCUGAGAAAAAAUCCUCUGCCAAAUCCUCGUAGCUCAGGGGCUUUGAAUAGUUGUUCCUCAGUUUUAAUUUGGUUUCCUUGAUUAUUCAUGUCUACCUCUCAUGCUAAGUUGCCUCGGUUAGGAUACAUACAGACACAGUGCUCAGAGUUCCAAAGCAGAUCUAAACCUGGCAGCCUGUUGCUUUCUGAACAAGGACUCGCAUCCAGUCUGCCCUUUUCCUUGGAUACGCCUCUGGGACAUUUAUAAAUCAGAACUCACAGAGCUUUGGGGGGGAAGAGACAUUGAACCCUUUGUGAAUAUUGCUCCUUAUUACCUGCUAUCAGUCUUAUGCCGGUUAAAUUUUUGAAAAGGUAACUAAAAAUUGGAGGAUGAUAGAAAGAUUUCAACACUGAGCCAUGGACUGGUAAAGAGCCAGGCCAAAAAGUGCCGAUUUGGCAAACUCAGCCCUCCUUUCCUGGUUCUGUCAUACAAUCUGGACCAAGAAUCCGGCACAAAAGCACAGAAGUCAUCACUGGACAGUUCCAUCCUGCUCCACGUGCGGGACAGGUGCUCACUGUCACGUUGUACCAAGAGCGGAAGCAGGAUGUUUUCUGAAGACCUGAUGAAGAUUCAUACCCUGUGAAGUGUUGUUAUCCCCUGCACCUUCUUUUUGAGAUGUUUUAGGUCAUAACGUUGACAUCCAAUGCUUAAGUGCCAGGAAGGCAUUGUCUCCAUUGCCCCAGCGCGCUCCAGUCUGUCUGGGAGUGCCUGGCUGCCCUCUUUGGCCUUUUUUUUUCUUUUUUUUCUUUUUUUCUUUUUUUUCCUGAGCUCUAGUUUUUAAAUUAUUUUUCCUGUUUAAAAAAUGAAAACACAACUUUUGUACUGACACUGUACCCUGACAUCGUACUGACUUUUUUAUCUUCUCUUUCAUGUAAACUACCCAUUUAGGAUUCCGGCCCAUGGUGGUCAGGGACUGAGCUAGACUAGUGUCCCUGGGAAAGGUUGGACCUAACAUUCCCUUCUCUACUUGUUGACCCAUUUCUGUUGAACAGACAUCUCUGGCUGAUGCCCACCUGUCUUGGGUUUAUUUCUCUAAGUAGUUUUCUAAUAAUGACUUGCUCCAGGGUGCUUACUCCCCCUCCCAUCACAGUAUAACUGUGUGUUAAAGACUGUUCUCUCCCAGAAACUCAUUUUAAAACAAGGGCUAACUUCGAGUAUGACUGUCACUGCUCCUCUCUGACCAGCCCAAGUUGGACCAAGGAGAAAGCCCUUGUGCAACUGGACUCAAGUUGUUUUAGGUCUCAGACGUGGCUAAAAUCUGUUCUCAAAGUAGUUCCAGGUAAAGAUGAGAUCCCAAGAGAAGGCAGACAUGCUGGUCGUUCACUCAUUCAGCUUAUUAUUCUACCAUAGCUGCAGUUCUGGGUGCUCUUCCCCGCAGAGCAAGGAGGCAGCUCUGUGACACAGCCAAGGCGCUCUCUGGGCAGAGCGCAGGACCCUCUCAGAUCAAAGGGAGAGCUUGAGUAGUUGACCCUUUCAAGCUCAGUUUAGUUGAGGUUUCAGGAUGCUUAUUCCCCAUUGGUCUUUAGUCCUAGAAAAGCUUGAUAAAAACUUGUAGCCUUAAACCACUCAAGGGCCAGUUAAAUUAUACAGAGUUAUGAAUUCUUAGCCACAAAAAUUGAGUCAUUGUGUUGCAACUUUAAAAAAACACAAUGUUUAUUUUUAAUGUGAUUUUCCUAAACACAAAACUAUUUUUAAAAAUCUAUGUAAUCUGUUU